CAUGCAAUGGUAAGACUUGAAAAGAACCUUGACGUUGACACAGGGAAGGCUCAGGUGCAGUGCUACUCAGAGGGGCAUUGUCCAAAUGGUCAACCGACAUUGAAUAUCGGCCAGUUUGAUGCAGCUAAAGAGUGCUGUAUUAUUGGUGAAGCUCUCUCCUGGCAAUCUGGAGGAGAACCCUGUGCAGCAUGUUUAAUUUAUGGGUGGAAAGAGACAUAUUCCGAGGCAAGGAUAGGUGACACAUUGACUCUGACUGUUGGCAUUAUCAAGGGGUCACCUGAAGUCAGAGUUAUUCUUGGUGUGGAAUACAACAAUACUGAAGUGAGUGUGGGUGCUACUGAUUUCGACCCACCCAGACUCAUAUUGGCAGCUGAGGAUCUGAGUUUACAAGUGACAGUGUUGGAUGAUGGUCAACCCCUGCAAGAAGAUAAGAACAUCACGCUAACACUAGCAAAGAUAGCAGGGGGGAAAAGUUCUGAUAUCAUUGUCACUGAAGCAAUAAUCACAGUCCGAGCACAAAAGAUCCCAGUGUCAGCCAGCGUGCCUCCACUGGAGGUUGUUCUACUGUGGUUCACCUCGUGUGACUGAGAGCUCUGUGGAGGCUGAGUUUGUAACCACCAGACCAGUGACUGGAGUGAGGUGCUUCCUCAGAUAUGAGAACAAGAAUGAUUACAAAGACUGUUCUUCGGAGUGUGUCCUUCACAGGACUGAAGCCUGGACGCUAUGUCCUAAAGAUCUUUGCCUACAACAGCUAACUGAUGUGGCAGCUAAUCAAGAGAGUGGUUACUGUGUAUCUUUUAACGAGUGGAUACUAUUAUUUUUCUUAAUGCUGCAGUACUGUGUCUAUAGAUAGCUUUAGAACAAAACAUGUUUUUCUAUGCUUCUACAUAAUACAUAAACAU